AUGAAAGAGAAUACGCAAACUAUCAAAUGUGUUAUAGUUGGUGAUGGUACUGUUGGAAAAACAUGUAUGUUAAUUGUUUAUGCAACCAAUAAAUUUCCUACUCAGUAUGUCCCAACAGUAUUUGAUAAUUAUGCUGUGACAAUAACUAUUGAUGGUAAACCAUAUACAUUAGGUUUAUUUGAUACAGCUGGUCAAGAAGAAUUUGAUCGUCUUCGUCCAUUAAGUUAUCAAAUGACCGAUGUAUUUCUGGUAUGUUUUAGUAUUGCAUCACCAUCAUCAUUCGCAAACAUUCGAGAAAAAUGGGCACCUGAAAUAUCACAUCAUUGUCCGAAAGUUCCAUUUUUACUUGUUGGUACACAAAUUGAUCUUCGAAAUGAUCAAAGUACAUUAGAAAAAUUACAAAGAUCAAAUGAAAAACCAAUAACACGUAGACAAGGUGAAAAAUUAGCACAUGAUAUUAAAGCUUCGCAAUAUGUUGAAUGUAGUGCCCGAACACAAGAAGGUUUAAAACAAGUCUUUGAUGAAGCAAUUAUGGUUGCACUCAAGCAAAAAGCACGACGUUCUAAUCCUGAUAAACGUUCUUGCAAACUUUUAUAA